AAACCUCGUUGCGGUUAAUCGUAUUCUCUUACUCUUUGAUUCAAACGUAAAUUGAAGAGAAUCUGAUAUUUGUUACAAUCUUUCUGACACUGGCGAACCAAAAUGUAACGGUACAAGAUUGGAUCUUGCUUCGGAAGCAUCCGCUUAGAAAAUCAAUUCAAAGAAUUUCUUAGCAGAGACACGAAAGGGAAUUAGAAAUUAGAAAAGAACGGUGCUUGAAUCAAAAUCCAUGACAAAAGUACACCGUGCAAGACACGUAGCGCCAUCGGAGUGAUAACAAAAAUUACGAGACGUCAUCGGCGCAUCAACAUGGUUACGGGUAGUUGUUCCGACGCGAUAACGAGACGGAAAUGUUAGUAUUAUUACAAUUAAAUUAUAGUAGGAAAAGAUCGUGAAAUAAUUAUAAAUAAAUCGAGUGUGAAACCUGUAAAUCAACGUUUGAGUACUAUCGCCCGCGUAGUCCGAUUAAGCAACAUGCGAUGCUCGUGAUUCCAUGAUACUAAGAUGUAAAGAAACUAUCAGUGCAUGAUUAGUCGCCAGUACCGGAUAAUUGAAGGUUAUCGCUAAUUGAACUAAUUACAUCAUGAUGCCAUAAUUAAAAAAGUAGAAGAUAUUGGAUAUAUCAUGAGCUGCUCUGUAGAAUUACGACAGCGCAGACCGCAGGGGAUGGCGGAGGAUCCUCAUAAACUUGCAGCAAUGAUGAAUAAAUCGCAAAGGCUUGUUCUGGGACUGUUAGUUUUACUGUUAGUUGAUAUAAUUUGGGUCUCCAGUUCUGAACUAACUAAAUAUAUUUAUAGAGAAGCAGCAUUUGAAAAACCAUUUUUUAGCACAUAUGUAAAAACAUCCAUGUUUACACUUUACUUGCUCGGUUUAUGUUUUUGGCCUCCAUGGCGGGACCAAUGCAAUAAACCAGCAACAUACAUGUUUAUAGAUCCCAAUGUGGAAGAUGAUAACUUUUAUUCAGAAGCCAAUACAAGUUUGAGUGAUCCAACAUUUGUUCCAAUAAAAACACCGGAUCACUGUGAUCGUUCUUCAGGCACAGAAAGCGAUGAUUCUUCUAUACGUUCUGUAAGAUUUAGUAAGUUAGCUGAAGUCCGACAUAUGUCGGAAAGUGACGCUACAGAAGCGUUAUUAGCAAGACUCAGUUAUCAAGCGAGUUUAAGAGCCGGAGAACAUGCAAGGCGGCAGGCUAAUAAGUUUUCUGUUCAAAAAGUUGCAAAGAUUGCACUUAUGUUUUGUUUACUUUGGUUUAUGGCAAAUUAUACUUAUCAAAUAUCAUUAGCAAAAACUGAAGCAGGAGUUGUAACAGUAUUGUCAUCAACUUCAAGUUUAUUUACAUUGUUCCUCGCUGCUGUUUUCCCCAGCAAUGGAGGAGAUAAAUUUACGCUGUCUAAGCUGGUUGCUGUCUCUGUUAGCAUUCUCGGACUAGUGUUAGUCGGUCUUUCAGAUUUAACAAUAGAAACUAAUAGGAUACCUACAGGCAUAAUAUUGGCGCUAGUCAGUGCAUUCUUUUAUGCAGCUUACAUUGUAUUCUUAAAACGAAAAGUGGAUCAUGAAGAUAAAAUAGAUAUUCCAAUGUUUUUCGGCUUUGUUGGGCUUUUUAACUUGACGCUUUUAUGGCCAUUAUUUUUUAUCCUUCAUUACGGCCGUUGGGAGGAAUUUGAAUGGCCAAAUACUCAUCAGUGGACAUUUUUGAUUAUCAAUGGUCUGAUUGGUACAGUUCUAAGUGAAGUACUUUGGCUAUGGGGUUGUUUUUUAACGUCGUCCCUCAUAGCAACUUUGGCAGUUAGUUUAACUAUGCCAAUGUCGAUGAUAGCUGAUGUGUUAUUAAAAAAGGUCGAGUAUCCUUGCAUUUUCUACUUAGGAACCAUUCCAAUGCUUUUAGCAUUUCUGACUGUGUCUCUUCUGUCCUACUACGAUAAUUGGGAUCCAGUUAUGGAUUUGAUUAAAAGAAUUUACAUUUGGAUUUGUAGAAAAAAUAGAUCAACAAGAAUACCAGAUAUUGAAGCAGAGCAAACAGAAUCGCUUAUAGGAAUAAAUAAUGGUGAACACGAAGCUUAACUCGACAAUAAUGAAGAAACUAUGUAAUAAAUGUGUUUUAUGUAUGUAUAUUUCCACACCUAACAACAAAUGCUUUGUUUACAAGCAUAAAACGUUAUCAAUGUACUGUGUAUAUGUCUUCUUGAUAUAGCUAAUCUCCUAUGAUGAAAGGAUACUGUAUAUAUUUUAAACUAAAUGAUCUGUGCAUAUUUAAUCACAAAGCAUUUUCACGAUGAUUGUGUAAGCAAUGUUAAACAUAAACUAGAAGUCAUACUUUUUCUUUUUACAAUGGAUACAUUACUGUGCUGAUUUGCCAUAAAAAUUAGAUUUUACCUUUAUGCAGAAUACUACAAUACUGCCAGACAAUAAUUGCGCAUUGUACGAUGUACACAUUAUUUGAAAACAAAAUUGAUUAUCAAACUUUCGUUCGUGUAUAUCAAAAUGUCAGUAUCAGCCUCGUCACGAGUGUGUUAUUUUUUUUUAGAAAGUUAUAAAGAAUUAAAUCUACUUGAUCGUAAUCCUACGGAACAUACAGAAUUAAGGCUAUUGAAAAUUAUAUCUAGCUUUUGUAUUUAUUGUAUAUUUUUAAAAAGUUGUAUAUGAAUUGAAGUUAAUUCAGAUGUUUUAUGCAAUAUAAUGUGUAGAUUGUGAUAAAUUCGUUGAAGGCAUUAAGUUUCUAUCAGUAACGUUGUACUUUUAUCCCAUUGCAUGUAUUGCUAUUUUGAAUAGAGACAAAUUAUUUGCAUAUGUAACUUGUAGAAAUCUGUAAAACUGUCAGUGACAUAUACACUCUUUGGUUUCUCGAUUUUCUUGGAAAAAUCAUAUAU